AUGAUCCAACUUUCAUCAUCAAUUUCAUCGCUUAGUUUCAAAACAAAUAUAAAACAAACUGAAAUUGUUUCAUUACCUGAAACAAAGUCUACCAUACAUACACAACAAAGUAAUUUGAUUAGAAUGAAUCAUAUCGAUAGAACUACGCAAAAUAUAAACGCAAUUUCUACAGUAAGUGUUCAAGAUGCAGAAUUAUUAUUAUCAUUCAGCUCAAAUGCACAAAAACCAAGAAAACUCCAUCCAAAAUUUCGACCAUAUAUUGGUGAAUCAACUAAUAUCCCUCUUUCAACAUUUGAUAAUUUAACAUUAUCAAAUAAUUUAGAACCUAUGCCUCGAUCUGGUUCAUUAUCUUCUACAUCAGAUGAAUCAUUAUCGGAUAUAUCAUCUACACCAUGUACAUCUCCUUGUCCUUCAUCAAAUGAUGAUUGUCAAUCAUCUUCACUUUCCUCAACUACAACUGCAAGAUUUUCUCCAUCAAUAACAGAUAGUGAUAAUCCAGAAUAUCACAUUCUUUAUCUUAAUCUCAAUGGUGCAUAUCUUCCUAUUGCUCAAACAUCAUUUAUAGUUCAAACAGCAUCACAAUCAGCAAAUCUGUCAACAUCAAAACUAACAACAGAUAAACAAUUAUUAACAUCUAAUCGAAAAAAAAAUUACGUCUGUUCACAUGCUGGUUGUAAUAAAUCAUAUUUCAAAUCAUCUCAUCUUAAAGCACAUAUUCGUUUACAUACUGGUAAUUUUAAAUUUCAUUUUACUCUAAUAUUAGUAUUCCAAUAA